GUGAAGCCAGUGAGGAGCGUGAGACCCGAGGAAGAAGAGACCCGGCGGAGCUUCCUCGAGGAUCAGUCCGUGUCUCAGCGCGUGUCGUCCGGGCAGCAGUAGUCAUGGUUCAGACGUGCUCAGCGUACGGUUGUAAGAACCGCUACAACAAAGACAAAGACAUUUCGUUCCACAAGUUUCCUCUGGCCCGUCCAGAUGUUUGUGGUAAAUGGGUCGCUGCGAUGAGGAGGAACAACUUCAAGCCGACAAAGUACAGCAACAUCUGCUCGCAGCACUUCACCAAAGACUGCUUCAAGAUGGAGUGCAACAACCGAGUGCUGAAAGACAACGCUGUGCCGUCGCUCUUCACCCUCAACCUCAACAUGAAGACUCUGGAGGAUCCCUUUACCUCAGAGAUCCACUUCCCUCUCUCUCUUCCUCUGACGUCUGACCCCGUGGCGGCGGUGAUGGAGGAGCCAGGGAGGAGCCUUCCCGACAUCUGGGGCGACACGGUGUCCGUCUCCUGCGACCACAACUACACGGCAGAGGACUCAGCUCGGCAGAAGAAGCGCAUCGAGCAGCUGGAGGGGCAGGUGGGGAGUCUGAAGAAGAAGCUGAAGACUUUGCAGCAGAAGUGUCGGCGGCAAGAGAUUCAGCUGAAGAGGCUCAAGGCGGCGUGCGUGAAGCCAAAGGCGAACCACGAGCUGCCGGCGGCGUUCGGAGAGGGAUACGUGAUUUUACCCAAACACAUUUACCACACACUGAAAGGCAGAGAGGGACUCGUGUUGUCGGUUUGAUCUGAUGGCGGUCUGCUGAGCGAGGCAGUGAAUCCUCGAGCUGAGAGCUGAAGGAAUCAAGAGUUCAGCUCAAACAGGAUGAGGAAAACUUAAAUCUGAUUUGGUGGAUACACCAAACUCCGUUCAUAUCUUAUUUUGUUAUUUAUUUAUUUUGGGUUUGUCCAUUUUUUUUCUCUUUGCGGUGAAAUUACUUUGAAAUUCAUAUUUUGACAUUUUGGGUUUAGUUUUAUCUGAGUUCUGUGCUGACUUUAUUUAUUUAUAUAAAAACAAAAACAAAAACAGGAGGGUGUUGUGACUCCAUGGAGUCGUCUUUGUCACCACUUGAGAUAAACAAAAGCAAAGGAUAGAAGCAGGGGCGUGUCCAGACUUUUUUGACUUUGAUUUUAAUGACAUAACAACAAUUUGUAUGUUCGAAGUCACAAUUUAAAGGACUUUGAACGUGCAUGCAAACUCCUGCUCAGUCUAACUUGCUAAGUUUUGGUCCACAUUGCCAGUUUGUUCCCUGAAAGUAAGACCGAGUGCAUAACUUUACUUUGCGAUCUGUCUUAUGAAAUAAAUGGUAAACAGAC